CGAAACAGCAUCUCUUGGAAAGACAACUGCAUUCAUCACAUUUGAGGAACUGCCAGUUGCUGGGCACAGAGACAGUGAGUUGUUAAAGACAAAUGUAAUCUCUAUAGCAUGAUUGUCUGUUGGGCAGAUAUUUUGUUUCACUUUCCUCUGUCCAAGGUGUAAUCUGUUUCUCACACAUUCGGUGGGAGAGCCAGUACUGUGCACCUUUAACAGCAAGUUCACUUUAUCAACUGUGUUUCUGGGGACAUUUUGAACCAUCCAUGACAAUGCCAGUGGUCAAGGUGGAGAAAACUUCUCCAUCGGAGAACUCCUUGCCCGCCUCCAACCCUCUACCUCAGACAGAGGAACAGCCCCGAGGUCGGAGAAGGAAGAGACCGCUCCAGCGCGGGAAGCCCCCCUACAGUUACAUUGCACUCAUCUCCAUGGCCAUCGCCAACUCCCCUGACCGCAAGCUGACUUUGGGAGGCAUCUACAAGUUCAUCACAGAGCGCUUCCCCUUCUACAGGGACAAUUCUAAGAAAUGGCAGAACUCCAUCCGCCAUAACUUGACCCUCAAUGAUUGUUUUAUCAAGAUCCCUCGAGAGCCAGGGCGGCCAGGGAAAGGCAACUACUGGGCUCUGGACCCCAAUGCUGAGGACAUGUUUGAGAGCGGUAGCUUCCUGAGGCGCAGGAAGAGGUUCAAACGCUGUGACUUCAGCACCUACGCCUCAUAUAUCCAUGAGUCGCCUGUUUUCUCUCCUGUCCAGAUUGCCCGAUCAGCAGCCUAUACCAACUCAGUCUACCCCAGCAUGGCAGUCAGUCCAACCUAUGGGCAGCAGCUACCCUCUGCCUACUAUCCUUCCCCAUCACCUCCUGGGUUUGGCGCUGCUCAGACCCGCAUGUUCAGUAUCAAUAACAUCAUCGGACACCCAACUCCAUCCAGCAUACUGGGAGGUCAAGGACCAGAGGUGAUGCAGCAGCCCACCCGCAGCUUCAGUCCUGAAGGGGGUCUGAAUGGAUCCAGCCCCUGCAACAUGGGCCCUCCAGGCUUCCAGGGCCAGCCAUGUGGAGGGUCUGUGCCGUCCCGCUCUUCAGCUCAUGCUGGGUUCACCUACUCCGGGCCAAACGGCCACCCACAUCACCAUGCUACCCAGGGCUCAUAUGGACAGGGCCACACCCAGGGGUAUGGAGUGGCAGGACGCCUCCAUUCCUCACCCCCGGGAACUGUGGAGACCAUGGACCAUUACGGUAGGGUUUCCCCCGUCCAGUUAGGUUCUUUCUCCCAGUAUAAUGGUGCUGCAGGUCCUGUCGCCAACACCGGGGGUUACCUGAGACACCCUUCAUACCCAGGAAAUAUGGACAGGUUUGUGUCUGCCAUCUGAGCUGCUGAGCGUGCAGGAGAAUGUAGAGGAAAUUGUGCUUGGGCAUCCUAUAUUAUGUUACCAAAACAUCAGAGACUUCAGACCAACAAUUCAACUGUGGCAUACCUGGACACAGCUGUUGCAGUGAUUGUUGUUUUCUUUGUCAUGUGAUUAAUGGAAAACACAACAGACGGAGUAAAAACACCUCUAAUUGUGAUGUAUAAUAUAUGGACUGCAAUGCACUUCAGUUUUAGAUAAAAGUCCAAACACUGAGUAAAAACUUUUCAUAUUAAUUGUGAUCUACCUUGACACAUACACUGGAUAUUUUAAUUUAAAGGU